AGUUUUCAACCCGUAGAUCUACUUCCACAUCGCAUUUGUGAAAUAAGGAUCUAACCCUUUGCUAAUUUUAAUUAAGGAAAUGUUGUUAGUAUAAACUUUUUCUCCCUCAAUGGACAUUACAUUGCUCCUCAAAAGGUAUGUCGCAUUCAGCAACAGGCAAGACAUCUAAAUUGGAAACGCGUCAAGGAAACGAAAUGAAACGUCAUUCUAUUGGUCUAGUGGCCUGUUCCUUUUACCUGUCAUGUUUAAAGGAAACCGCAGUGUCCCGUAUUUCCAGGACAGUGUCCCGUAUUUCCAGGACAGUGUCCCGUAUUUCCAGGAAUACAUGACGUAGUAUUCGUACCUCUUUGUCUUGGAGUUCUAAAGAAUGGAUUGCUUUCUCUGCGCAUUUAACUUCAGCAAUAUGUAGAAACAGAUAGAGAAAAUAGAUAGAGAAAGAUAUAGAUCUCAGGCUGAAACUGCGUCGUUGAAGAUGUUUCCUGAAUCGUUCAAUGGAAAUGUUAUGACAACCGUCCAGACAUCAACUGUUUCAGAAUAUCACGAGCCAUACUACUACGUCGUCCAUUCUGUACUGUACACCCUUUCUGUCCUCUUGAAUUCAGUCGUUGUUUUCGUAAUUCUACGGUCUGAACGACUCAGGACUCCGACCAACUUCCUCAUUGCUUCCCUAGCAACUACGGACACCAUCUAUGCUGUUGGCGAGGCUGGGUACGCCAUAGAGACGCUCCUUAUAAUGAAUACGGGUAGGGCAUUCAUGCCAAAUUCUCGGGCCUGGCUUUCUUUUGUUUCUUCUAUGUACGUUUGUGGGAAAAUGUCCAACUAUUUUCACUUAAUGUCUAUCGCCUUCGAGAGAUGGGUUUACAUUGUCCGUCCCUUUCUUCACGAAAGACUCGUAGGUAACAAACGUAUCUGUCUCAUCUUAGUUAUCAUCUGGUUAUUUUCAUUUUUUGCUGGACUGGAUAUACUAAUCAAACAACAAGUGGUCAACAGCGUUAAGGACGCGCCGGUGAGGUUUGCUUUGGUCUACCCAAUCGUUCAUUUUUUAUGCAGUGCUGUUAUCUGUACUGUGUAUGUCCAUAUUGCUAUCAUCAGCCAUAGGCACAUGCAAGCCAUUCAAGCUCAAGAACUGUCUUUUUUGGCUGCUGCAAACGAAAGACAUCGUCUCCGCUCUUUGAAAUCGAACUGGAAGAUAGUGAGAAUGGUCAUCACAGUGUUCGGGAUGUUCUUUUUGACUGUCACUCCUGUGGUGUGUCUGCACGCUUACCUCGUGCACAGCAAUACGUCCAUGACUAACAUGGCGAGGCAGAUCCUCCCACUCCUGGCUGCCACGCAUUACUGCUCAAAUUUCUUUGUGUUCUUCUCACAAUGUAAAAUGUUUAGAGACAUGUUGUUUUUUUGUAAGUCAAAAGUCAAGGUCGGGGCUUUGGGUGGGAACAAUGUAUCUGUCAACACCCUCAGUUGAGUAAUUUCAAGGGAGGUCAA